GCAUGCUGGGAGUUGUAGUCCUGUUGGCUAGAGUCCCGGGCAAUCCUGUUCAGUCUGGCCUCCUUGGACUACAAGUACCAGAAACCUCAGCGCGAGCAAGAGGGCGGGGCAGGGCUGGAGGCUGGAGGUACCGCCUCCUCUGCAACGCCGUGGCCCAAGUCUUAGAACCGAGGGCCCGCAGGGGUCCCCGCGGCCGCCGCGAUGCAGAAAUACGAGAAACUGGAGAAGAUUGGGGAAGGCACCUAUGGAACAGUGUUCAAGGCCAAAAACCGAGAGACCCAUGAGAUUGUGGCUCUUAAACGGGUGCGGCUGGACGACGACGAUGAGGGAGUGCCGAGUUCCGCCCUCCGUGAAAUCUGUCUCCUCAAAGAAUUGAAGCACAAGAAUAUCGUCAGGCUUCAUGAUGUCCUGCACAGUGAUAAGAAGCUGACUUUAGUGUUUGAAUUCUGCGAUCAGGACCUGAAGAAGUAUUUUGACAGCUGUAAUGGUGACCUAGAUCCGGAAAUCGUGAAGUCCUUCCUCUUCCAGCUGCUCAAAGGCCUGGGAUUCUGUCACAGUCGCAAUGUGCUGCACAGGGACUUGAAGCCUCAGAACCUCCUCAUAAACAGGAAUGGGGAGCUGAAAUUGGCCGACUUUGGCUUGGCUCGAGCCUUUGGUAUCCCUGUGCGCUGCUACUCUGCUGAGGUGGUCACGCUGUGGUACCGCCCACCGGAUGUCCUCUUUGGGGCCAAACUGUACUCCACGUCCAUUGACAUGUGGUCAGCCGGCUGCAUCUUUGCAGAGCUAGCCAAUGCAGGGCGGCCCCUCUUUCCCGGAAAUGAUGUGGAUGACCAGCUGAAGAGGAUUUUCCGAUUGCUGGGCACCCCCACUGAGGAGCAGUGGCCUGCCAUGACCAAGCUGCCUGACUAUAAGCCCUACCCCAUGUACCCGGCCACAGCAUCACUGGUGAAUGUUGUCCCCAAGCUCAACGCAACAGGCAGAGACCUACUGCAGAACCUCCUCAAGUGCAACCCGGUGCAGCGCAUCUCAGCAGAGGAGGCCUUGCAGCACCCCUACUUUUCUGACUUCUGCCCCCCCUAGACGUGGGUGUCUGGUCUUUCAGCCAAGCCCCAGCUGUGCUGGGUGGUGGUGGAGGGCUCUAUGCACACCCUUUGCUCUCAUUCAUGGACUUUAUUUAAUUUCAUAAAUUGGCUCCUUUCCCACAGA